AAGCUCAAAAAUCUGUGUGAACAACUUGAGUCCGUCAAACAAAACCAACAAUUUAUCAAUCCAUCAUCGUGUCUGCUGUGAAAGUGUGAAAAAUAAAUUUUCAUGAUUUGUUUUUAGUGCUAAAGUUAAUCUGAAAUAAACCAGAAAACCAACGAAAAAUAAGUGUAUGACAUCCGAUUUCUAUUGUUAUACGGGGUCCAUAUUGUGCUUUGCGGCCUUGAGCCCUCCCCCUGAAAUAAAUUAUCCAGUGAGGUGUUAAUAAUACAAUCCGAUCAAAUUUAACUCAUGCUAAUGGGAAUAACCUUCGCAAACCCACUCGGUGAAUCGGAGAAAAAAUAAAAGGAUACCUACCCUCGCUCAGGCAUUGGAUUUUUGUCCUCAUGGAUUUAACACCGUAUCGCACGUCAAGGAUACUCUGCUAUGCCAAAGUGGAAUAAAUGGCUCAACGUGGCAGUGUUGAAAGAUCAGUUGUGCAUAUGUAUGAAAUCAUGCCAUCGCGUGCUGCAACCCCUGUUUAGUCAUGUCCAAUAGAACUGGAUCAGUGGCUGGCAAUCGCAGAUCGCAGGGAGGUAUUGAAGAGCAUUCGUCUUAUACGCGUCAAAUAUUCACCGAAUGGCAGGAAGACGAUGUUGUUAACCGACGUACAAACAUUAAUAAUAAUAACUACAGCAGCAGCAGUGAUGACGAAUUCGUUAAUGAAAAUCUUGUCCAAUUGAUCUCCAAGAAUCAAAAACCAUCCCUCAUGAAACAGCACGAUCCAAACGAGAUUAAUGGGGGGGAUAUGUUGAACUUUGAAAACAUUUCUAACAUUCCGCAAUCUCCCGGACAUUACGCUAGAUCUACAUAUUUGGUGGAGUGCAAUAACAGUAGAUUCAAUACCCAGGAACGCAUGAAAAAUGUCGAUCACUCGAUGGCAUCUACGAGGGGUCUCAUGGCGUCCCACAGUACCUUGGGUAAAGGCUCCCGGACCCACCGCAACGGCAACAAUACGAUUAACCGAAGGCUGAUGCCCACCGGGCAACCAAUGUUAACUUCCUCCAGUAGCACGAUCUCAUCCGUCAGCAACAACAUCGAACGUGAUCGAGAUAGUAAAGAUUUGACCAUGCCGUCGAAUCGAAGAAUGCCCGAGGAACCCCGAUAUUAUGUUAUGGAAUCAGAUAUUCAACCACCUGAUCCUGCACCGCCCGAGGUACCUCAACGAGCACAUUCACUGUAUAGCACCAGUAAAAGCAGCAUGUCAAUUAGGAAAAAGUCGGACUAUGUACUCAAAAUCGAUAAAAACGGCGAUCAAACGCACGAAGAAUACAUUCCUUCCAGCCAGCAAGAGUGCUUGCGAUCAUCGAGUCCCAAUAAUAUUGGAUAUCAUUCGAGAUCUCCCACAUUUAACGAUUCCCAGCAGAGUAACAGCGAGCUUUAUUGUUACUGAUUAAUAGCAGAAUAAACUGAAAAUUUGAAAAUGUGAAAUACGG